UCCCGUCCAGUCCUGGGGGCCAUUGAACGUCCGUACCACUGUGUCGGAUUUGUACAACCUUUAAUAAGAGGGCGGCAAGGUUGGAUAGUCGGCCGUUUGUGACGUGACAAUCUUCCGAUUUUUCUCCUCGACAUCAUCGUCGUCUGUCGUCCGUCAUGGCUCUCCCCCGAAAUCGCCGACAGGCUCGGGUGUACUUGAUCGGGGACUCGACCUUUGAUGUGGUGCCCGGGCUCCUCGACCUCCUGCGGCAAGGCCACGACCCCCUCCUUCAGGCCUUCUUCAAUGCCGCUUACCGUGUCCUCCGGGCUGAGAUUGCUCGUACGACGUCCACUCAACAUGCCCGCUUCCCACGUUUCUCCAGCAUCCAGGACCUAGUAGCACUGCAGCGUCGCGGACCGCUCCAUCCCGCACUUCACAAAGCGCUAGUUUGCACUUUGCAGCUGGCUGCCUUCAUAGCUCGAUGCGGGGAGCCAGACGACCUCUUUACGCAGCACGCAGACUCGUACCUCGCCGGGUUAUGCACUGGAGCGCUCGCUGCCGCUGCAAUUAGUUGCUCAAGACAUGUCUCUGACCUCCUCAAGCUCGCCCCUCAUGCUGUUGCUGUUGCGUUCCGGGCAGGCCUCUGCGCCUACGAGCUCGGCCAGUCGAUCGAGCGGGGCUCCGAAUCAUGGACGCUUGCUGUGAGCAGUGCGAGCGAGGAUGAAGUUAGAAAAACUGUUGCUGAGUUUUUGGCUGAAAAGCGCUUGCCCGUUUAUUCCCGCCUGAACGUUAGCUUCACAUCCAGAACGAGCUUAGCCAUUACCGGUCCGCCAUCCAUUCUUCGAGCUUUUGCGGAAGCCAAAAGGGCCGCAGGGUGGCGGAUAGCGGAUCUCGCUCUAUAUGCGCCGUACCACGCCCAACAUCUAUUUACGUCGGAGGACGUUGAAGCUAUUCUCCACGCAGAUCCAGAUGCUGAUUGGGCUCGGCAAACGAGCCUACUACCAGUCAUCUCCUCUGCGACGGGCAGGCUCAAAAGCGCAAGGAAUUAUCGUGACCUCUUACAGACCGCGGUAGAAGAUAUUUUGAUCAAUCCGAUCCGUUUCGAAGACUUGAUCAGCGGUGUCGCUUAUGUUUCACGAUUCUCUUCACCCGGCGCGCCGCUUUCCGUCUCUGCCGUUGGCACCACGUUGGACGGUCACCUGCGAAAGGCACUCGAGCAGCGUGGACAUGUGGUCGAGGCAACAAACUUGCUGGCUGAGGCUUCCCCGAAGGUGUCCUCACCAAAUGAGGCCACAGGGGCGCGGUCGCCGGCCGCUUACAACAGCGCCUCGGGCAAGUCAAAGAUCGCCAUCGUGGGAAUGUCUGGUAGGUUCCCUGAAGCAGAGGACCCAGAUGCUUUUUGGAAUCUAUUGUUCCAUGGCCUUGACGUACACAAGGUUGUCCCUCCUUCGCGCUGGAAUGCAGCUACGCACGUGGAUCCUACAGGAAAGCGGAAGAACACCAGCGGCACCCCGUACGGGUGCUGGCUAAACAAUCCGGGCCUCUUUGACGCCAAGUUCUUCAAUGUGACGCCCCGUGAAGCGCCCCAGAUAGACCCGGCAAGUCGGCUCGCCCUCAUGACCGCCUACGAGGCCAUGGAGCAGGCUGGCAUGGUGCCGGGUACCACACCCUCCACGCAAAAGGAUCGGGUGGGGGUAGCGUACGGCGUGACGAGCAAUGACUGGAUGGAGGUCAACAGUGCGCAAAAUAUCGACACCUUUUUCAUCCCCGGAGGCUGCCGCGCCUUCAUUCCGGGGCGUGUGAAUUACUUCUUCAAGUUCAGCGGUCCUAGUUUCAGCCAGGAUACCGCCUGCUCAUCCAGCCUGUCAGCUCUUCACAAUGCGUGCAAUAUGCUGUGGCAAGGCGACGUGGACACCGCCGUGGUGGGCGGCACCAACAUUCUGACGAAUCCCGACUACACAGCAGGCUUGGACCGCGGACACUUCCUGUCGCGUACGGGGAACUGCAAGUCCUUCGACCAGACGGCCGACGGUUAUUGCCGCGGCGAGGGUUGCUGCACCCUCAUUCUCAAGCGCCUUGACGAUGCCCUGGCGGAGAAGGACCCCAUCCUUGCCGUCAUCCUCGGUGCCUACACCAACCACUCGGCCGAGGCUGACUCCAUCACGCGGCCGCUGGCAGAUGCGCAGAAGCAGAUCUUUACCAAAAUUCUCAACGACGCCAGCGUUGACCCCCUCGACGUUAGCUAUGUCGAGAUGCACGGCACCGGAACCCAGGCCGGUGAUACCACCGAGAUGGAGUCCGUGGUCGACACCUUCGCGCCACGCAGUGGGUCGCUCCUGCGAGGAGCCGACAAGCCCUUAUACGUUGGCACGGUGAAAUCCAAUGUUGGUCACGGCGAGGCAGCUGCAGGUGUUACUAGCCUGGCCAAGGUUUUGAUGAUGAUGAAGCACAACACUAUUCCGCCUCAUGCCGGGCUCAGGACAGAGCGCAACAGGAAUUUCCCCAAGGAUAUGGACGAACGCAAUGUGAGAAUCGCGCUCGAACCCGUAGAGUGGAGGGAAAAUGGCAGGCCUCGCAGAGCCUUCGUCAACAACUUUAGUGCUGCGGGCGGUAACAGCGCCUUACUGAUCGAGGAUGCUCCCAAGCUGCCAGCUGUUGAGGGCACCGACCCGCGAUCGACGCACAUUGUCACGGUGUCAGCGAAGACGCCGGCCUCUCUAAAAGGCAAUAUCGAGUCGUUGAUUGCCUUCCUUGACCAGAAUUCCCACUCCCAGGACCUGAUUCUGCCCACUCUUUCCUACACGACUACAGCGCGUCGCGCACAUUAUCCACACCGCGUGGCUGUUCAAGGGUCGGAUCUCCAGCACAUCAAGGCCGGGCUACGAAAGGCAUUGGAGCAUGGGAAUGGAGUGACGCGCUGCCGUGGCGCGCCGCCCAUUACCUUUGCGUUUACUGGCAACGGGUCGCAAUACAUCGGCAUGGGCAAACAGCUUCUCGAGCACUUCCCCAGCUUCCGCGCGGACAUGCACCGUUUUGACCAGAUUCUGCAGCGGCAAGGCUUCUCCUCAGUCAUGCCCCUGAUAUGCGCGAGCGCUGGCGUCGGAGGGCGGAUCGAUAGCUUCGACGCCGUCACCGUGCAAGUUGCCACCGUGUGUUUGGAAUUAGCCCUCGCCCGCCUCUGGAUGUCCUGGGGCGUCCGACCUGCAUCAGUCGUGGGUCACAGUCUAGGGGAGUAUGCCGCCCUCGCCGUGGCCGGCGUGCUAUCCGAGUCAGACGCAAUAUUCCUCGUCGCAAGGCGUGCCCAGCUCCUCCAGGAGCGGUGCAAACCGAACUCGCACGCUAUGCUAGCUGUGCGUGACUCACGGGACGUGCUGGACCGGUGCCUGUCUGGCCGGCCACGCGAGAUUGCGUGCAUGAAUGGGCCCAAACACAUCGUCCUUGCUGGUGCGGUUGACAAAUUACGCCGCACCAAGGAUCAGCUCCAGUCACAGGGAGUCAGGACAGUGAUGCUCGCCGUGCCAUAUGCGUUUCACUCUGCACAAAUGGAUCCCAUUCUCGACGAGUUUGAAGCGGCUUGCCAGGGAGUGACGUUCCACAAGUCUGCCAUCCCUGUCAUAUGUCCCUUGACGGCCACCACGGUGGCUGUUGGAGAGGCUGGCCCAUUCUCGCCGCAAUAUCUGCGCCGUCACUGCCGAGAACCGGUCAACUUCCUCGGUGCGCUGCAAUAUGCUCAUUCUGUUGGCGUUAUGAACGACCGCAGUGUUGUGCUUGAGAUCGGACCCCAGCCCAUUAUCUGCGGCAUGGUUCGGGAUAUCUUUGGCACUGAACGUAGCAUAACCACUUUGGCAUCCCUCAAGGAGGGUCAAGACGCCUUCUCUCUACUCCCGCAGUCACUUUCAUCACUGUACGUGUUGGGCUGCGACGUUAACUGGCGCGAGUAUCACAGCGCCUUCCCAGCAUCGCAUCGUGUAGUGCAGCUGCCAGCGUACCAAUGGGAUCUCAAGGACUACUGGAUCCAGUAUGUCCACGACUGGUCGCUUCGCAAAGGCGACCCCGUUCCGGACAGCCUGAAGGCCCCAAUCACUUUCAGUCCAAGCGAACCGUCUGCUUCCUCGACCAUCAAGGUACCUCCACGACCAGCAGUACUUGUGCCCAAGCUCGAAAGCACCUCAAUCCACAGAGUCUGCCAUGAUGGGUCCGUUGACGACAGAACAAUUUCCAUCGUCGUUGAGACCGACCUCAACCGCGAAGACAUCAAGCCUCUUGUGCAGGGACAUAGAGUCAACAACAUCCCGCUGGCCACUCCUUCCGUCUACGCCGAGAUUGCGCUCCGUGUUGGCACACAUAUUAUCGACAAGUAUGCACCUCGCCUGAAAGGUUGCGUCAUCGGAGUGGAGGACUUGACUAUCGAGAGCGCGCUCGUUGCGCCCAGAAUCCCACAGCAGAAAGUCCUUCGUUGCAGCAUCGAAUUUAACAUGGAGAGCUGCGCUGCAACAUGUCGUUUUGCGACACUUGAUUCCAGGACGCAGAAGCCCCAGCAGCAUAGCCACUGCAAGCUUGUGUUCCGCGAGCGGACUGCUGCACUUGGUGACGUGCAGGGACAGAUUGAAGCUGCGAAAUCGCGCAUCGAGGCCCUCAACAAGGAGGUCAGCGUGGGUAGAGCCUUCCGGUUUAGCAAAGCCAUGGUCUACAAGAUGGUAGGCUCGCUGGCCCAGUUUGACCCCGAUUUCCGGCAGCUAGAUGAGGUGGUGUUAAACUCUGAUGCCAUGGACGCCUCGAGCCUUGUUAGCUUCGCCAGCCUCACUUCUCGUCCCGGAACCACGUUCCAUACGAACCCCGCGGCUAUCGAUGCAAUCGGUCAGAGUGCAGGGUUCGUCAUGAAUGGAAACGAACGUGCUGAUCUUGAGCGCGAAGUCUUUGUCAACCACGGGUGGCAGAGCUUUCAGCUUUUUGAACCCCUUGCGAAGGACAAGAAGUAUCGUACCUAUUGCAAGAUGGAGGAGAAGCCGGCGAAACGCUGGGAGGGAGAUUGCCUAGUUCUGGAUUGCGAGGAGGAUCGCGUCGUUGCCUGGUUUGGUGGCAUCAACCUGCAAGGCGUUCCGAGACGCGUACUGCAUUAUAUCCUCUCCAACGCGUAUGGCCAUGCAACCCCUGAAUCGUCUCCCAAUGGAGCGCCUAAGGCCACUCAGCACGGGAAGCCGCAAAAGGCCCAGCUCACCUCACCUGCCACCUCAGCCCCGGUUACUUCUACGUCCUCAACAUUGCCAGCCCCUGACGCACUUCAGGGUGCCGCCUCUGCUUCUGGGCAGGAGACCACCUUCUCUCUCGUGAAGCCCAUGGCCGAACUACCGAAAGCACGGCCUAAGCUUCGCAGUGGAGGUAGCAGAAAAGUCCAGACACUCCUACAAAUCCUCUCAGAGGAGACGGGAAUUCCUCGCACGGAGCUGACAGAAUCGGCCGAUUUCGCCGACCUGGGGAUCGACUCGCUGCUCUGGCUGCAGAUCGCCAGUCGGCUAACUGAGGAGCUGGAGAUCACCGUCGAAUUCACAAAGUUCUCGCAAAUUCUGACUGUCAAGGGGCUUUGCGAACUCAUCGAUCCUGAUGGGUACGACGCUGAUGAUUCUGAUGCAACGCCCGACGUCUCCGCCCCUGAAGAGCGAAGCAUGGUUAUGAAUGGUCCAACCAUGCCAGCGCAGGUCAGUGGGGAUAUAGCGCAAACCCAACGGCUUGUCGAGGACAGCGUAUUAUCUACGCAGCAGGUGCAAGAGCCCGUUAGCUUGCCAAGUUAUCCAGUGCAUGAAUCCGUGUCCGACAACGACAGCGUGGUGACGAAAGCGUUGCAAGUUAUUUCUGAGGAGUCAGGCAUCCCUGUCGACGAACUCACCGACGACGUCAUGUUUGCCGACUUGGGCGUCGAUUCGCUGCUGUCUCUCAUGAUAACUGCUCGGUUCCGCGAAGAACUCGAUAUCGAAGUGCCUUCUGGCGCCUCCUGGUUUUCGGAGAUUCUCUCAGUGCGCGACCUCAAGCGCUUCCUCGGUUUCAGCACCGGACCAGUUGCUUCCAACCCGGCACCGACUCCUUCUACGGUCUCUAGCAUCUCCUCAUCAGCGUCCAGCUCAUUCUUCGAGUCCGAAGCUGGUGAGAGCAUAAGUAGCACGCCUACCACGCCAGGCUCAUUUCUCAGCGCGGCUGUCCUGGAGCCAGAGCCCGAGCGAAAGCCCGAACCAAGCACCACCCGCCGCCCCGCACGCCCCGCGUCCUCCGUCAUCCUCUCCGGCCGUCCUCACACCGAUCCAAACACCCUGAUCCUCUUCCCCGACGGCUCAGGCUGCGCGAUAUCCUAUGCCGCCAUGGCCCCCUUCGUGCGUCCCGGUCUUGCCAUUGUCGGGCUCAAUUGCCCCUACCUCCGCCAUCCCGAGGAGAUGACCCCCCAAAAUGUGUCCCUUGAUGCCUUGAUGGAGUCAUACCUAACCGAAAUCCGCCGGCGGCAACCUUCCGGCCCUUACCUCCUGGGCGGGUGGUCGUCGGGCGGCAUCCUCGCCUUCCGCGCCGCGCAGAUGCUCAUCCAGCAGGGCGAGCAGGUGGACCAUCUGGUCCUGAUCGAUGCCCCACCACCGACGGGACUCGAUCCGCUCCCUGCGCGGUGGUACGAGCACUGUUCCAAGGCAAACAUUUUCGGCAGCAUGCCCGGCUCUGCUUCCUCCGCAAAGAGCGAGCCGCCGGCUACGCUGGUGCCGCAUUUCCGUGCCCAGGUGGAGAUGCUGAGGGAUUAUGUUGCGGAUCCGCUCCCGGAGGGCUUCACGCCCAAGACUAGCAUCGUGUGGGCGGGCAGAUGUGUGUUUGAUGGGCGGCCGGGCAAGCCUGUGUUUGAGACAAGACCGGAGGAUCCGGAGGGGAUUAAGUUUCUGACGGAGCCCAGGCGGGAUUGGAGCGCGGGCAGGUGGAGGGAUCUUUUUCCUCUUGAUGAACCUGAGGUGUUUGUUAUGGACGGGGAGGAUCAUUUUAGUAUGAUGGUGUGUGGGGAGAGGUUGGGGAAGAUUGUUUCUGAUGCUUGUUCUUGAGAGGGGUUCUCUUUUACUUCAGCCUGGCUUUCUCCUUCUCCUUUUUUUCUCUUCUUUCUCUCUUCUUUUAGUUUCCUCUUCAUCUUCGCACUUUUCUUUUUACAUUUGGUGGGCGGCCUUUGUCCGAGCAUUAGCUAGCUACUAUACCCGGUGGAAGUGUUGCGCG